CAACUCCAUUUCCACAAAGUACCAGCCAAACCAAACACACACACACUCACCCACGCACACGCUCUCUCUCUCUCUCCGACCCUGCGAGACCCGAGCGAUCCCACCUCUCUCCCACCACCAUGUUCCGCCGAGCCACCGGCCUUCUGGCCCGACCCAUUAUCUCCUCAGCCAGAGCCAGGACUCGACCCUUCUCGACCGAUCUCCCAGCUACCGAGACCGGCGAUUCAAACUUCAUUGAAGCCUGGAAGAAAGUGAUCCCAAACAUUGAUCCCCCAAAGACCCCUAUCUCCUUUAUGAAGCCUCGCCCAGCUACUCCAUCUUCCAUCCCUAGCAAGCUCACCGUCAACUUUGUUCUUCCCUAUGCUUCCGAGCUUGCCUCCAAAGAGGUUGACAUGAUCAUAAUACCAGCAACAACUGGGCACAUGGGUGUUCUUCCUGGACAUGUAGCAACAAUUGCAGAGUUGAAACCUGGUGUCAUGUCAGUGCAUGAAGGAAAUGACACAACAAAGUAUUUCGUCAGCAGUGGCUUUGCUUUCAUCCAUGCAAAUUCAUUUGCAGAUGUUAUUGCUGUGGAGGCUGUGCCUCUUGAUCAUAUUGACCAAAGCCUUGUCCAGAAAGGGCUUGCAGAGUUCACUCAGAAGCUGAGCUCAGCCUCUACUGACUUGGAGAAAGCCGAAGCUCAAAUUGGAGUUGAUGUGCACAGUGCUCUUAACGCUGCCCUCACAGGCUAGAGUUUCUUGUGUUUAUGCUCCUCUUUUAAUCAAAGACCUUUUCUCACUUUUUGUUUCUUUAAGGAUGCCCCAUUGACACUUUUUCUUUAAGGAUGCCCCAUUGACACUUUGAUUUGUCUCCUGGAGCCAAUAUUUCUCAUAACAUUUGGUUCUUGUAUGUCUCUGAAUGUGGAAUUGUUGGAAAUAAUCUUUGAAACAUGUCUUCUGGCAUUUAGAAAGUUGGAGCAGAACUUUCAAGGAA